AUGGAAAAUGCUCUUCCUGUGAAGUCAUGGGGUCUUGAUCCCUUGUAUUGGACUCAUGUAAAACUGUUUGUAAGAGAUGUGUUGCAGUUAAAGAAUUAUUCUGGGUUUAAGGGUAGAUAUUUAUAAAACGUUAAAAACAAGGCAACACAUGCAUGCAUUUGCAUGAUCAUAUUUUCAUAGCUCUGUGAAGAUCUUUAGAUGUCUUAGAUCCAGGGCUUAGGGCUAUUACUUUUAAAAUCUGGACCUCCCUGUGUCAUACACUUGCUUUGGUUGGCAGUCCUGUUGCAGCAAUGCAACACUUGUUGCCUUGGUUGCUGGAGCAGUUGUUGCAAUCCCAGGUCGCUUUUUGGGAUUUCUACUCUGUCAUUCCCUGUAUGGAAAAAUGAGCAUUUGACAGGGGGAUUAUGGAAUCCUUGUAUUAUAAGUGAGAGUAUCAAAAAUCAUUUUAAAGUUUAGCUAAAUAGUUUUUUUUGGUGGGGGGAUUCAAUCAUACUGUAGUUGUUUCUCACUUGUUAGGAGUGUAUGCAAUCAGCAACCAUCCUAUUGCCCAGGUGUUGGUGGUUGGUUAUAUUGUCAAGGUGGAUAAAAGAGAGAAGUUAACUACUUAUGGAGGUAUACUCCCUGCCCCACUAAACAUUUAGACUUUUCUUGUGUCUAAAGAGCUUAAAACCAUGAGCAGAAAAAUGUGGAUGGAAAACGUAUGGUUUUCAUCCAAUUUCCUCAUUCAUUGGAAAGUUGAUAGGAUGCAUUAAUUAACUCAUCUAAUGGAGGUUAAUACUCCCAUUGACAUGCAAUGUAGAUUUUUGUAUGACUUACAUACCUAGUUACCACUUACCACUGUUCUAAUAAUGUAAGCAUAGAAUAUAACAAAGGUGACGAAGCAUUUAAAUCAUACAUAUUGUGAGGGAAUUGAAUAACAAUGGGCAUAAAUGAAGGGCCUUCACUCAAAAUGUUGAAGUUUUACUUGUAUGUUUCAUGAACCCCUUUCAAUCCAUAGCUUUCUGCAUAAACAUCUGUUGAUUGGGUCUUUAUACAAUCUUGUAUGUGAUGUAAUAAUUUGUGUUACGAUGGGUGAAUUAAAUAAUAUCUGGUGUCUACCAUAUCUUUUGAAUUUCAAUUUCUCAGUUGAUGAUGGGACAGGCUGUCUUUCAUGUUGUAUGUGGCACAACCAGAACAAUGAUUUAGUUGAAGCGACAUUUGGAGACUUGGUCACAGUGAUGGGGAAAAUAUCAGUAUUUAGGGAAGAAAGACAGAUUACUGCCUCAUCAUUUUGUAUCCUUCAACCUAAGUAAUUGUCUUCUUGCUAGUUAAUUACAAUGUUAAUGUAAGUACCAUACCAUGUUCAAAAUAGGCAGUCGAUCACGCAUGUUAUUGUAAGAAAAAUUUAAUUUUAAAAUUAAUUUUAACCUUAUAGGCAUUUGGGGUGCUAAGGAGUAAGGGCAUUCAAACCAGUCUUGCAUACAGCAGUCAUGAAGAACUUAUAAUUGUGGUCAUCUGAAUUACACAGUGGCAAAGCUAGCCAUAGCAACAGGUGAUGCUAGCCAUAGCAACAGGUCAUGCUAUGCAGAUCUUUAUUGAUUUGCAUUAUUCAAACCUUUAGAAAUGUAUUGUCUUUAACAGGGGGGGGGAAUAGGGGUAUACAAAUCCGCCAAUCCGCCCAAAUUUGAAGCAAAAUCUGCGAUCCGACAAUGGUCUUGUCUAAAUUUGAAUCCGCUAAAAGCUCUACUAUGAAGUCACAAUCCAGGAUCCGAACUAAAUUGCAAGCUAAAUCCACAAUCCGAGCCAUGAUAUUAGAUAAAUCCUCAAUUCGCUGUAUUAAUAAGAUCUGCAAAUCCGUGUAAAAUAUUCACCAGAUCCGAAAUCCGAACAAUUUUUUCUGUGAAAUCCGGCGAUCCGAAAACCUAUUCACACUCCCUCCCCCCCUUAACAGCUAUUUAGAUGCAGGUGUAUUAGGAUAGCUUGACCAGUUGCCAUGACUACAGUAGUUUCACCUCAGGAAUUACUACACCUGCUCAAAAUCUUUAAUUUUUUACCAUUAAAUCAAAAUUUUAAUAACAAUUUUUUAAUACAUUUACCUAUGCCAUUUUUUAGCUAUUCUAGUGGUAUAGUUACAAUACUGCCACUUCAAUGUUUGUUUUUGACCUCUUAACACAUACAUGUUGUAAGAUAUUGAAACAGAUCCCAAUGUGGAGGUUUUUCACUGGCUGGAAGUCAUGAAACUGAGGGAAAUUUAUGAAAAGCCAUUUGAGGUUUCAGAAAAUCCAGAGACAAAAACGUAAUUAAAAACUAAAUUUCACUGUGCUACAGCAACUGUCCAGUCACACAUACGUGAUAAAAAACCCGAUAUAAUCUUUAUAAACAAAAGAUUAUGUGAAACGUAACAGAAUGACGAACAUGCAGAUUUGGCCAUCUCAAAUAAUAGUAGUGUUGGGAUGGUAGCGUUGCAGACAGGAGAGUGGGCAGUAAGACUCCCUGAUGCACCACCACUGCACCCCUUCUUGCAGAUGAAGUUAGAUCCGCCACUCUAAUGACACUGGGUUUAGUGAAGCUGCAGGGUUCGCGGGACUAACAAGGGAUGCUCCCUACUGAACUUCUAGGAGGAACAAUUUGGAACUGAGUAUCGGAACAGUCGCUGUAUGUGCAUAUGAGCCUAUGAGGGAUACUUAAAUAAUCACUAAGUGCUUGAGAGACAAUUUAAUUUUAUUAAAAUAUAACUAAAAGUAUUCUUUUUCAACCAGUGUAACAAAGCCGUGGCUUAAAAACGAGCUGGAAAUUGAGAUUGAUCGGUUAGAAGAAUCGCUAAAGAGCGCCAUUGCCGAAUAUCUGGAGAUCACAGACGCGUUAUCAUUUACUCUGGAUACUCUGUGUGGUGUAAACAAAGUAAUGGAGAUAAUGAGGCAACUUACAAGCAAGUAUAGAGAACGGUCAAGCGAUAAGAAGGUGAAUAAAACGCAUUCGUCGUGCAUGGCUUGAUGAGGUCAGCCGUAACGGCGAUUUUCAAUUCACGUCUUUUGCUUAAAACUGUCGCAUGCAACCUGCUUACAACUUGAGUUGUACUGUGUAAAUUAAGCACACAACUCACGUACGACAAUGUGGAUGAGUUGUGUGUUUGAUUAAUUACACAGUACAACUCAAGUUGUAAGCAGGUUGCAUGGGACAGUUUUAGGCAAAAGUUGUGUGGUGUAAAUCUGCCUGUUUUGCUGUAAUCUUAGAUUUAGUUCCAUUCAGUUCCAACCGUUGUUUUGAGCAUUUAAUGUUCUAGGUGGAAAUGAAACAGCCUCUGGUAUCGAAUCCUGAAGUUAGACAAGUGAUAAAACAAACUUUAAGAAAACUGGACAAGGAUGGGAUAGUUUACUGUAAACCUAUUACGGAUUAUAAUCAUCGGGAGUAUGAAGUGAGUACGAGCUUGCUUUGUGAGCGAUCCAUCUGAGACCCUGCUCCAUAGUUGAGUUUUUCUUUUAUAUUAUUUAGUUCAUUUCUAUAAAGAAGGAUUUGUCGCCUCGUAUUGUUAAUGUCAUCAAAGAAAUUUGUCACAGUCAAGGUACAGUAUAUUCUGGAUUUUGGUCUGGGGGCCUGGGGCUACAUGUAUGUUGAGGCUCUCUUGAACAGCAUUCUGAGAUAAGUUUUGAAACCCGAAAAACCCCGUAUUUUAUCGUUAUUUCAGACAUUGUAACUCACCCCCCUCCAGGGUAAGAAAAAUGAAUUUUCUUCCUGGGAUCACAACCUGGAGACAAAAAUUUCCUGCAGACCAACAGGCCUUAAAAUAUCUUUUCCAGGGCCGUCUGACAAAAUGUCCGGUGACGUUGAGUUUGGGUCGGACAUAUGUCCGAUGACCUUCAGUUCAGUUUUGACUCGGAAAUAAGUCUGAGUGCCGACACAAAUGAAUAAACGGUAAAUGUUGUAAAGAUAUUAAAUAAUUUGUUUCUUUCAUACUUAUUUCCAAGACAAAAUUAACUUGAUUGCCAGUACAGCAGUGUUAAAAAAGACUUCGACAACUUAAACCCGUUUUCCACUUCACCAUUUCGCUCGCCGCCCUGUGCUCGACUAGGUUAAAACAAUAUUUCCUGAGUUCACCUUUUAUACAAUAGUACACUGAUUUUCCAUUUAACAUACAAGCCUCUAGUCCUGGGCUAGGGUACAUUUUGAUUUAAGUCGGACAAAGCUACAGUACGGUCGGACACCAAUUUACUUGGGUCGGACAAACAAUAAACCUCAGUUUCACUUUGGUCGGACAGAAUGUCCGGUGGUUUCUUCUGUACAUCGGACAAUUUCAUGAAUGGGUCGGACAAUGUCCGUGACCGACCGAUAUUUUAAGGCCUGAGACCAACGGAGUAUUUUUGUGCUAAAUCUGCAUGUAUAUAAACAUAUAGUGUUCUAGCUGACCAUGGUUUUAAAUUCAAGGAAUAAUGUCUGUCAACCAUAUGUUGUUGCACCCAUAGUGGAACAUGGCUGUUAAGGUUUCCUUCAAAUUUUCAAUAGCAAAUCUCCAUUCAAACGAAUUUCCUGCAGCUGUUUAACAUUUCCUGCGAGCAGUGCUCGCGUGCUCGCCUAUUUUUCUCACCCCUGCCGCCUCCCCCUCUCCCUCCCACUUUUUUGUCCGGAUUUCAACCAGAACAGUUUGGAGAAUAUUUAAAGGUCUACGCCAUUGCUGUCCAUUGCUGGAUCUCUAGGAAGAAGAGCAGGGCCGUAACUAGACGCGAUAAUUGGGAGGGAGGGUUGAAUAUUCAUAUGAUCAUCAUCACAUACCGGAAAAACAAUCGCUUUCAAAAGAAAUCCGUCGAGCAGAGCACGAGUAUAUGAAUAUUCACCCUCCCCCCCCCCCCAAUUAUCGCGUCUAUGUGUAGCCCUGAAGAAGAGUUUAGUCCUGUUGCAGCUAUUCUGUAGAAAUAAAGUUAUCGUAAUAUUUGUACAUAAUCCACUUCAUAUCGAAGUUCUCUGUUUAAUUAGGAGAGUCAUCCUGUGGCAUUGCGCUGAACAAGAUUGUGUCAAACUUAAAAUCGUUGGAGAAAUACAAAAACGUUCCCAGAGACAGAGUAAAGGUAGGGUUGGAACAUCUCAUGAAUAAUGGAGAUAUCUAUGAAACAAGGCAAGGUCACUAUCGUAUUGCAUAA